AUGCACUAUCAUAUUCUGCCGCUAGAUGGCGCUCGCGGUGUGCCGACGUUCGACCGCGGCGUCAUCACAUCCGCUAGAUGCGUGCGCAGCUUCGAUGACGAGAUGCGCUCCCAUAUUCGGCCGCUAGAUGGCGCUCGCGGGGUGCCGACGUUCAACCGCGACGUUAUUACGCUCGCGGUAUGCGCGCGCAGCUUCGACGACGAGAUGCACUACCAUAUUCGACCACUAGAUGGCGAUCGCGAGUACCAACAGCCACAUUAUAUUACAGUGAAAGAAGGGACAGAUGUUGUGUUACCCUGUUCUCUCAGCACCAAGGAGGACAUUGAGUCAAAAGUGUUUGACUGGAGGAAAGUUGCUCAGAAAGAUGAUGGUCUGAAGGAGGUGUUCAUGUAUGAAAAAGGCUUUCAUUACAACAACGGUCGUCCAGGUCAGAGUGAAGAGUUCAAAGGUCGAGUCUCACAUUUUGAAGAUGAACUGAAACACGGCAACGCCUCCAUAAUCAUCAGAAAUAUGAAGGAGGCUGACAGUGGAGACUACACCUGUCAUUUCCCACGUCUUCAUCAAAUGUUCCACCUUAAGCUUGUUGUUGUUGCUCCAGAGCCAGACAUCAACAUUAUUGAUGCCACAGAUGAUGGAGUGUUGCUGCAGUGUGAGGUUCGAGGUGCUGCUCCCAAACCUAGAGUAGAGUGGCAGGACAGAGAUGGAAACAAACUUCCUGCUGAAGACCCACAGGUCUCUGAAAGAGGAGACAGAUACCACAUCACCCUCCAGACUACUGUGACCAAGACCAGCUGCUGUCGCUGUGUGGUCACACAGGAGGAAACCAACCGGAGGACUCAUGCUGACAUUUAUGUGGCUAUUAUUGACAACAACACGAGCAUAUGGACCUAUAUGGACCUAUAUGGAGCUGGAACUCUUGCUGUACUUGCAGUUAUUUAUCUUUUACAUGAAAAUAGAAAAAACAAAAAGAAGUAA